AUGUCGUCCCCGAAAAAGGGAAAGAGUAAGAGGGAGGAGGAGCAGUCUCCGCCGCAGUCAUGCACGUUUCUGUCGCUUCCCUAUGAUUUACUGUUAACUUGUGUAGCACGCAUCUCAAGGUUGUACUAUCCGUCUCUUUCUCUCGUCUCCAAGACCUUCCGAUCUCUCCUUGAUUCACCGGAGCUUUACAAAGAACGGUCACGCUUAGGCCAAACCGAGAGUUGUCUUUAUGUGUGCGUAAGUCACACUAAUGCUAAUCGCUGGUACACCCUCCGGAAACUGUUGAAUCCGAGAUAG